CUUUGAAGGAUUUUGUCUCGUGUUUUCACACAACAGAGUUUCGUUCACAAAUUUUAUUUCAGAAUCCUAGAAAUAGUUCAAGUUCCUUACUUCGAUCAAAAGGUUUUCAACUCUCCAAGUGGAGUGGUGGGCGGUGAAGGCGGGGUGGUGGAAGGUCGUUGAAGUGGUUGGGGUGUUCGGCCUUGAAGACGCGUUGGACUCAUUACUUCGGUGUUAGAGUUGUUCGCUCUGACGGGCAUUGCAAGGGCGAGGGUGUUGUCUUGUGAAAUAAUCUGAAAGGACUCGAAAAGUUGGUUAUUCAUGGAAGAGACAGCACAACAAAUGAAGCGUCCAUUUGGAAUUCCUGAAAAGCCAGAAUUCACUGUUGGGUUGGAUGAACCAUUGAAGAAGUUGAAAACGAAUGUUUUGAGCGAAGGUUUGUCCGUAAUGGUUUUGACCGGUGUGGGAGGAUUAGGGAAAACCACUCUGGCCACUAUGCUCUACUAUUGAACCAUAAUAACCUCUUAUUUCUUCUUAAGUGAGUUGUGAUAGGUACAACUCUAAGUUGACUGCUUAUGCAAUGAAUAUCUUAUGGUCAAUGAGGUCUAUCUCCUUAUGAACUUGAGAGGAAUAUUCAUAUUAAUGUGCAUGUGCAUGUACAUGAUUGAAGAGGAUGAAUUACAAGGAGCGAGUUCCAUCUUUAAUAUGCUUCUAUAUUCUGUUUUGGACAAUUUUGGUGUUUCACUUGGUGCUCAGGGUUUCUGGGAAUGCAGAAGGUGAUGCCCUUACUGCAUUCAAGAAGAAUAUGAUAGAUCCUACUGGUGCUCUUGAUAAUUGGAAUCCUAAUAUUUUAACUCCUUGCACAUGGUUUCAUAUUAUUUGCAACGAUGAAAAAAGUGUCACCCAUUUUUGCUUGGCCAGGUAUCUUGGAAAUGCAAACCUUUCGGGUCAACUUGUUCCAGAGCUUGGCCAGCUCCCAAAUUUGGAAUAUCUGGAACUUUAUAACAAUAACAUAACUGGGGAGAUCCCAAAUGUGCUUGGAAAUUUGACAAACUUGCUGAGUUUGGAUCUUUACUCGAACAACAUUACUGGUCAAAUUCCAGAAGAAUUAGCCAAUCUUAAAAAACUAGAAUCCCUGCGCCUCAACAAAAACAGCUUGUCAGGAAAGAUUCCUAUGGGUUUGACCACCAUUGAUACACUGAUAGUUCUUGACUUAUCGUCCAACAACUUAACAGGGAAUUUCCCAGCCAAUGGUUCAUUUUCAAGUUUUACUCCCAUCAGGUCAAAAUAAUGAAAAGAUUGAGGCAUCCAAAUGUUGUUCUCUUCACGGGAGCAGUAACUCAGACCUCCAAAUCUUUCAAUUGUUACUGAAUUUCUUCCCAGGUACUUCAAAUUCUUGAUUUGAUUUUGUAGUGAUUCUUUAGUUAUAUGGGAUUGUUUAAUGUGAAAUUUGAAAUUUUUUCAUUUUUAUUAAUCGAGUGAUGCAAAUGAGCCUGAGUCUUCUAUGGGUACAAGAGGAUCAUCUGGUGGUAGCAACAUUUAGGGUGUUGAUGAUGUUUUUUAGGAUGAAACUAUUUUAGUGUAUUAUGAAAUUUGAGUAAGUAUGUAUUAAGUUGUAAUUGUUUCAAUUUAAAUUGCUUUUAUGUUAAUAUGUU